AUGGCUCCGCCACACAACGCCGAAGAAAUGCACCCAAUCGAGCAUGUUAAUGCGCUCGACCCGGGACCCAAUCCCCAGGAGAAGUCCAGGAUUCCAACCGGCGCAGCACAGAUAGACUGGUCAGGAAGCUCACACGAAAUAAAUGGGAGGCAGUUCCAAGGUUACAUGCCAGGAGCGUACAGCCUCCCCAACAACGGAGACGAACAGGAUCGUCUGGAUAUACAGCACGCCCUUAUCAACCUGGUUCUCGAUGGCAAGCUCUUAGCCGCCCCAAUCCAGUCUCCCGCCUACGUACUGGACAUAGGCGCGGGCACUGGAAUCUGGUGCAUCGAGUUCGCCGAGCAGAACCCCAACUCAUUCGUCUUCGGCACCGAUCUGUCCUUGACUCAGCCCCCUCCCACAACGAGCAACUGCGUCUUCAUCUUGGAGAACUCGGAAACGGCGGAGUGGAUGUUUCCGUGCACACUUGACUACGUCCACAUGCGCAACGUCGGCCCCUGCUUCGAUGACAUCCGAACUGUGCUUCGGAAAGCGUACAUGAAUUGCGUGGAUGAUAGCCUUGAAGGCACUGCCUUGCAACGAUGGUUCCGACUUGUUAUCCUGGGCGGGCAACGGCAGGGACGAGACUUUCUGAAGGCAAAAUACCACAAGCAGUAUCUCAUCGAGACCGGGUUCGUGGGUGUGGAAGAGAAAAUGCGUCAGCUUCCUGGCAAUCCAUGGGCUCAUGACCGAAAGCUAAAGGAGGUGGGAAGGUGGGCUAGGACGGCUUUCAUGCGGACGGUCGAAAGCUACCAGGCGUUCCUCGAAUUUGCUGGUCUCUCAGCCCGAGAUAGAUGA